GCUCCUAUAAAGGCCCGGGUGCGGGCGGAGCUCCAACGCCCCUACUGAGCACGCUGGGAGCGCGGCCGGAGCCUCGGUUACCUGGCUACCUGGCGGGCCCCUUCCCCUGGAUUUCCUCCUCCGGCAGCCCCUAGCCUGCCUGCCACACCCUCAGCUGCCACGGGAGCCCCAUGGCUGCGACCUGUGAGAUCAGCAACGUUUUCAGCAACUACUUCAGCACCAUGUACAGCUCAGACGACCCCACUCUUGCCUCUGUGCCCCCUGCGCCCACCUUUGGGGCCGAUGACCUGGUGCUGGCCCUGGGCAGCCCGCAGAUGGCCCUAGAGGGCACAGAGAAGGCCAGCUGGCUAGGGGAGCAACCCCAGCUGUGGUCCAAGGCUCAGGUCCUGGACUGGGUCAGCUACCAGGCGGAGAAGCACAGGUGCGACCCCGGCACCAUCGACCUCUCACGCUGCGAGCUGGAUGGGGCGGCCCUGUGCCGCUGCGCGCCCGAGGAGCUGCGCCUGCUGUUCGGGCCCCUGGGGGACCAGCUCUACUCACAGCUGUGGGACCUCACUUCCAGCUUCCCUGACGAGCUCAGCUGGAUCAUGGAGCUUCUGGAGAAGGACAGCCUGGCCCUCCAGGAGCCUCUCGGGGAGCAAGGCCCCUUCGACCAGGGAAGCCCCUUUGCCCAGGAGAUGCUCGAGGACUGCAGGCAGGCCAGCCCCACCUACCCAGGCAGCUUCGGCGCACGGGCACCCUCCCCGGGCAGCUCCGACGUCUCCACCGCAGGGACUGGCGCGUCUCAGAGCCCCCACGCCUCGGACUCUGGUGGAAGUGACGUGGACUUGGAUGCCCCGGAUAGCAAGCUCUUUCCCGGGGACGGCUUUCCUGACUACAAGAAGGGGGAGCUUAAGCACGGGAAGCGGAAAAGGGGCCGGCCCCGAAAGCUGAGCAAAGAGUCCCGAGAGUGUCUGGAAGGCAAGAAGAGCAAGCACGCCCCCAGAGGCACCCACCUGUGGGAAUUCAUCCGUGACAUCCUCAUCCACCCGGAGCUCAACGAGGGCCUCAUGAAGUGGGAGAACCGGCAAGAGGGUGUCUUCAAGUUCCUGCGCUCAGAGGCUGUGGCCCAGCUGUGGGGCCAGAAGAAGAAGAACAGCAGCAUGACCUAUGAGAAGCUGAGCAGGGCCAUGAGGUACUACUACAAGCGGGAGAUCCUUGAGCGGGUGGACGGCCGGAGACUUGUCUACAAGUUCGGCAGGAACUCCAGCGGCUGGAAGGAGGAGGAGGUGGUGGGACACAGGAACUGAGGGCCGGACCAACCCUGCAACCAUGCUCAACGUGAAGUGCAGCCCCUGGGAGGACCGCCUGGCCGUCAGGGCGCGCAGCCUGUGCCGUGGAGAGCAGCUGAGGCCCUGGGUCCCAUCAGCGUCAUCCUGGCCUCUGGGGCCGGUGGCCUCUGCGGUGUGCCCUCCUUUUGGAAUUACAAGCCUGGAGUGUGAGGUCGCUGUGCACUGGCCGUCGCUGCACGUGCAGCCCCUUCUGUCUGGUCGGACCUCAUCGGACCCCAGCUGGGGACGCCUGCCUCCUGCAGAGGUUGGAUGGGCCCAGGAGACUGCGGGCCCUGGGGCUUGAGAGGGGGGCCCCCUCUCUCUGGACUGGCUUCCACCUCCCCGCUUGGACUCCGCGGGCAGGGGUCAGAGCACUCCCUAAUUUAUGUGCUAUAAAUACGGACAUGUACAUAGAAAUCUAUUUUUUUCUAAGACGUUCCCUUCCCACGCCUCCCACACCGGGAGCUGGUGCCACACUGGCUGCUCGGGGCCUCACGGGGCCGGUGAGGAUGGGGCUUCUGCUCCCUCCCCGCGCAAAGGGGAGGCUCCAAUAAAGUGCCUUCUGGACUUUUUCUAA